AUGAUACACUUUUUGACAGAUUUGGAAAAUGUUAUUCUAGAACAAGAUUUCAAGAUUGACAAGGAACAGUAUAAUAAAAUCCUGGAUCUCAUUGAGAGUGGGAAGAAGCAAGGAGCCAAACUGGAAUGUGGCGGAGGCCCCUGGGGGAACAAAGGCUACUUCAUCCAGCCCACAGUUUUCUCUAAUGUGACAGAUGAGAUGCGCAUUGCCAAGGAGGAGACCUUCAUAAACAAUGAAUGGCAUAAUUCAGUGAGUGGCAAGAAGUUUCCUGUCAUUAGCCCUGCAACUGAGGAGGUCAUCUGCCAGGUGGAAGAAGGGGAUAAGACGUUAGAAGCAACAAAUGCUGGAAAAAUAUUCACUAGUACGUAUCUGAUGGAUCUAGAAACCUGCAUAAAAAUGCUACGCUACUGCACAGGCUGGGCAAACAAGAUCCAGGCCCGCACCAUACCUCUCUGUGGGGUGGGAGGAGCUGUAUCAGUCAAAGUCAAGUUAAUGUCUGUGCCUUUAAGCAACGCAAAGACUUCACUGUGGAAUACUGCUUUGCAGCGGAACUACCCAUUGCUUAUGCUGGUGUGGAAGAUAGUACCUGCCCUCAGCUGUGGAAACACAGUGAUCAUCAAACCCUCCGAGCAAACUCCCCUCAUGGAUCUUCACGUGGUCUCUUUAAUUAAAGAGGCAGGUUUUCCCCCUGGAGUGGUAAAUAUUGUCCCCGGCUAUGGGCCCACCGCAGGGGCAGCCAUCUCCUCCCACAUGGAUAUUGACAAGGUGGCCUUCACAGGAUCGACAGAGGUUGGCAGAGUAAUCCAAACAGCUGCUGGAAACAGCAACCUGAAGAGGGUCAGCCUGGAGCUGGGAGGGAAGAGCCCCUGCAUCGUGUUGGACGUCGACUGUGAGUACAGCCACCUCUGCGGAGCCCCAGCCCGCAUCCUUACUGGUCAAAGCUGUAUAGCUGCAUCGAGGCUUUUUGUGGAAGAAUCAAUUUAUGAUGAAUUUGUUCAGAAGAGUGUUGAGCAGGUUAAGAAAUAUGUUCUCAGAAAUCCUGUGACCCCAAGUGUAAAUCAUGGCCCUCAGGGCUGA